AUGGAUUACUCAGGACGAGUUAACUCUAAAAAGGGUGCUGGUGGAAUAGCAAGUAAUGAAGAUAUCAACAUCCAGACAAAGCAACGAGUACAAGAAUUGUUAUCCACCCAUGUUUUGGAUAUAGACAACGAUCCUUACGUUUUCCGAAACCAUUUGGGUAUGCUAGAGUGUAAGUUGUGCCUUACCACACAUAUCAAUGAAUCUUCAUAUAUAUCCCAUUUGGGUGGUAGAAAGCAUCAUUUAAAUUUGGAGCGAAGAAGGAUUUUGGAUGAGAAGCAGAAUAAACUGAGAGAGCAUCAGUUGAGUUCUCAAAACAUUUUGAGUAUCAAUAACAUAGAAAAACGAUCGUGGAAAAAGAUAGGUAAGCCUAUUUAUAAGAUUACCAAAGUUAGGGAUCCGGAAACUUUACGUACUGGAAUCCUAGUUAAUAUUAAAUUGCCAAAAAUUACGGUAAAAGAGCCUAUGUUUAGAAUUAUGUCGUACUAUGAAUUGACUUCGAAAAAUCAAAACAGUUGUCGGAACUUUAUUGAAAAAUAUAAAAGCGAUGACGAUGAUGAUGCUGAAGAUGAUGAUGACAGUGAUGGUGGUGAUGAUAACAAGUAUCAGUAUCUUGUUGUGUCUGCUGAACCAUAUGAUAACAUUGCAAUUGUGAUACCUAAUAAACAUGAAAUUGACAAACCUUUAGAAGAGAAUAAAAUGUCCGACAGUUACUGGUGGUAUUGGGAUAAUGAUACUAAGGAAUUCUUUCUACAGUUCUUAUAUAAACUAUAA